UCUACAUUCUAAAAACCAUCGAAGAAAAUGCGUUGCAAUCUUUUAUCUCGUAACUGUAUACUGUAUGUAUAUAUCCUUUCAGUCUUUUUUCUGAUUUAGAACCCUUAUAUGUUCUGUGUUUGAGGUUGUAUUUGUUUUUGAACGUGUUCAUUCGUUAUUAAUUACAGUUUUGUAAUCGUCGAUUACGUCACAAUCAGUCACUAAAACCGUAGUCAAACAAAAGUCUGAUUACGACUUUGAACAAUUGUUAUCCUACAUUGAGUAUUGUGGAAUGAGAAUUAUUUUUCUGUAAGAAGUGUUGAAUGUAAUUAAUUACUGUGUAUAUUCUAUAAUAUAUACGUUACCGAUACUUAUUUAAUCAAAUUUGUCUAGUAAAUAAAAAGUUGAAGAAAAUGUGCUGAUUUAUAAAUUUCAGAAAAUUAAUGAUAUUAGAAUCAUAGAUAUCUAUUUCAACAUUUUCAACAUGUUUGGUCUGUAUGAACACGAGAAGAAAUAUUUUGUUCAUACUCAAAAUACAUGUGAAAAGAAUAAAUUGAUUGUACAAAGUGAUAACGAUGAAAUUCUUAAUAAAAUAGCUAAUAAUUUAAAUUUAAAUAUACCAGUUGUGCAAGUAAAUAAAAACAUGGUUGAUAAUAAUAUUGACAUACUUAAAUCAGUACAUAUUGUUGAUAUAACAAGUGAUUUGCAAAUACCUUCCAAAGAUAUAAGCGAUGACAAAUUGAUGAUACAAGACGAUAUAUUAGAUGAAAGUUUCAGUUGUAAUUUGCAAAAUGAGUCCAUUUCUGAUGAUGACAAUAGUAAUGACAAUGUAGAAUUGAAUGAAGAUAUUAAUGAGGAUUUAGAAAAACCAGAUUGCUAUACAGAUAAUUUUACUUAUAAUAGUGAUAUAGACAAGGUUCCUGAUUCUUGUUAUAAUGCAGAUUCAGAAAAUUCUGAGGAAGAAAGUGAUACAGUUGUAGAACCUACAAAAUCUAAUGACAUUACACACAAAAGUUUUGAGACAUUAAAUGUUACUGAACAGAAAACUUGUGACGAUAUUGAUUUGCGUGUUGAGUGUUCCGUACCUAAAGGUAGAGGGAAAAGAAACUUUUGUUAUUAUUGCAAAAAAAUGUUGACAAAAAUAGCCAGACAUUUUGAACAAAUGCAUAGAGAUGAAGAGGAUGUGAAAAAAUUCAUGUCAUUACCCAAAGGUAAUCAAGAAAGACAGAAGAUUAUUAAGAAUCUUAGACGAAAAGGCAAUCAUUUAUUCAAUCUAGAUCCUGCAUACAAUAAUGGAGAAUUGAUAGUUUGUAGAAGACCGACAGAAUCUGGAAAAAAAACUGCAUGCGAUUUUAUAUGCUGUACAGGAUGUAAAGGCUUUUUCUCUAAAAGUAAUAUACGUCAACAUUUUAGAAAAUGUACACAAAGAUGUGUUGAGAGAUCUGUUAACAAACUUGGAAGAAUUCAAGAUCGAAUUCAUGAAUGUGCAAAUUCUAUUUUAAGAAACGAGGUAUUUCCAGUAUUAAGAGAAGAUGAUAUUAUCCGAUUAAUUAGAUAUGAUGAACUACUAAUUACUUACGGCAAUAAAUUGUGUGUAAAACUCACGGAACAUCAUCAUGAUUUGAUACGAUCUCGUUUAAGACUAUUAGGACGAUUUUUACAAACCCUUCAAGAAAUUAAUAAGAAUGUGACAGAUUUCUAUAGUAUUUAUCAUCCAUCAAUUUAUGAUGAUUGUAUUACUGCCAUAAAUCAACUGGCAGGGUUUAAUACAAAUAUAAAAAUCUAUACAGCACCUUCUGUUGCAUCAACUCUUUGCCCGCUUUUAAGGGAAGUAGGAAAUUUAGGUAUCGCUGAAUGCAUAAAACACAACAAAUUAGAAAAAAAAAUAAACAUAGAAAACUUUUUAAAAUUAUAUCAAGAUGAUUUUCAUACAAUCGUUAACAAAAAUGUUAGAAAAUCUAUAGUACAAGCUAAACGCAAUCGAUUACGGCAAUUACUUUCAUCUGACGACGUUAAAUUGUUGCACAACUUUUUACAAACCAAUAGGCGUUUAGCAUUUCAACAACUCAAAGAUGCAUUCACAUAUAAUGCUUGGCGACAACUAGCGGAAUUUACUUUGAUAUCCAUUCAAGUGUUUAAUAGACAAAAAGCUGGAGCAAUAGAACAAAUGUCCAUUGACGAUUAUAUGCAUGCAGGAAACGUACCCAAACGAACAAAUCUAAAGAUAUAUACAUUCUUACCAGCUGAAGCUCAAAAGACAAUUGAGAAAUAUACAAGAGUACCUAUUAGAGGAAAAAAGUUCGAAAGAUUUGUUCCUGUUCUUUUGGAUUGUGAAAUGAAAAAUAGUAUUGAUUUACUUUUACGAUAUCGUAAAGAAGCAAAUAUUCACGAAGAAAACCCUUUUAUCUUCGCUUUACCGGGUGAUGACAAAAAACGAUUUAGAGCAUGUGAUAUUAUUAUGCGCAUACUUCCUACAAUGAAGGAAGCACAUCUUUCAGAUAACGAGACAUAAAAUUUUGUAAGCGUAUUGUAACAAGAUACAUACGAUAGAUUGAAAAGUUUCCGACCUGAGCAAGAAAAAAUGAGAUUUCAGGAAAGCAAUACUUGUUCUAUAGAUCUGAAAGAAAUACAAAGAGCUAAGCUUUAAUGUCAUUCUAGCCAUGGUAGAAAAAUAAGGGCUUUUGUGCAUCACAAUGACGGCCAGCCAAUGAGAAACUGUAUCUUGCUUACGUCAUCAUAUUUCACAUUAAGCGGCAAAUUGAACUCUUCUAACAACGGGCAUUUCCUAACAUGCGAUACAAUUGACAUAGCGUAAAACAGUGAAUCAUUUCAGUUUUAUUCGUUAAUAAACAAGAAUAAAGUGAUUAACUUGUGCUGCACUGUGUCUUUCCGUGUGUGUAAAAAAUAACCUUUAACUUUAGACCUAUAAUUUUUACCUUUAAAAUCUUUAAUUUUAGCUGUUUUUCUGUACGAGUUGAUACAACCUUUUACUGCACAAUUCAUUUUUUACAAAAGCGUAUGUUACUGUCAAAAAUUCACGUUUUCCGAUAAUAACGAUAAUGUCACGUAUCGUGUUUUCGGCAGCGGAAAACCAGAUGUUAUAAACUUAUUGAGUCAAAGCGUUGGUUCAAUUCUCACGCGUCUUCGAAUCGAAACACCUCGAAGAGUACUGAGUCUGUGCAAUGACGUAAGCAAAAUACAUAACGCGAUGUGCAGUUCUUAAUGCUUGGACUUGAGAAUAGCAAGUUCGAAAAAAUUUGUAUUAAAUUCCUAUUUAAACCAUAACUUUCACCAGGAUUGUUUUUCUACCAUGAUUCUAGCAAUCAGUUGGUUUCUAACCUUUUAAAAUAACAGGUAUGAGAAAGCUGAGCGCCCGUUGAAUACUGCAUUUGCUUAUUGUUGAUUAAAAAUUGGUUGGACAUUUCACGAUCGUGUCUUGAGUGUUUCAAACACAAUGAAAAGAAAUGAAUGUUUUAAAGCAUUUCAUUAAUUUAUUUAAAAAAUGGCUAUCUGGGAAAAAAGUGCCGUUAAUAACUUUCCGGUUUAGAUAAAAAUUACUAUAUUGAAAGAAUAAAAGAUCUAGAAAAACAUUGAACCAGAAAUAUUGAAUUGAAGAGAGACUAUAUUGAGAAAUAAAUUUUAUUUGGCAAAAAAAUAUUUGUUUAGGUUGGAAUUUUUUCAAUCUAUCCUCAUAGAUUAAAACUAUUAGAACGUAAUAUAACAUAAUUGACUAUUUAUGUUAUGAUAAAAAUAUGUAUAUACAUUAUUGUAAAUUUAUUUGACAAAUUGAAAUGUUUUGAAAUGAAUUAAAAUGUUUCGAUUACCCAACAUAGAAAGAUAAAAUUUAUAAUAUUAAACAAGAGAAUCGAAAUACCUAAACAAUUUAAUAAGGAAAAGUUUUGUAAUAAAUGUGUGUACAAUAUAUUAUAUUAUUAUGGAAUAAUUUGAAAAUAAGUAUAAAAUAUAUCUAUUAAGUGAAAAAAUAAGGCUUGUAUGAAUACAAUUCAAAAUUAUAAACAAAUUUUAGACUUAUGAGCCGUACUAAAUGUUAUACGCCAGAGGUCAAUAAAUAAAAACAUAAUUGAAUACAAUAAACAAACGUUUCGAUUUUUAAUUAACGAUCUUCCUCAGUGUACAAAGAUUUGAGGAAGACCGUUAAUUAAAGGUCGAAAUGUUUAUUAUAUUUAAUUAUAAAUGUUAUUGAUCUUUAGCGUAUAACAUCUAGCACGACUCUUAAGCUCGAAGUUUGUUUAUAAUUUAGAAAAUAUAUUUUUCUAAUCAACACGGAAAUUACCGAUGCAUUAGUUUUUUCAAAUCUUUGAAUUGGCUCGAAAAUUGGCACAAAAUCCUUUUGUAGAAUGAAACUACGCAUUAAAAAAAGUGCGAUAAGAAAUAUUUUACGAGAAAAUAAAAAAGUGAAAAAUUUAUUUA